GAAGUGCCUGCCGGGGGUUGCCAUGGGUGCGGCGGUGGCGGCCGGGGGUCGGUGCCGGUGCUGGUGCUGCGGGAAGGGGCGGUGUCGGGCGGACCCGUGCGGGGUCCUCUGCCUGCUGCUUACGUACCUCAGUGUGGGCUACGCCGACUACGUCAUCCUGGAGCAUGUCCUGCUCCAGCCGGGCUUCCGGGGCAGGUAGGGCGCGCCAGCCCCGCAGGGAAGCCCCCCCCCCCCGCUCUGCACACGCUCAGGGGCACGGUGCCCUUGGGAGGGCUCGGUUUUGUUCCUCCCCCUGUGGUGGGGGAAAGGAAAGAAGCCAAGCCGGAGAAGGGCCGUAGCUCAGGGGCAGGAGGAGGUCGCAGGUUCUGUACUCUGCACAUGCUCAGAGAUGCUUUCUCAGAGUUUUCUUGAAAGAAAGAAAAAAGGGGGAAAGUUUCAGAAUCUACCUCGAGUCAUAAUGUUGCUGCUGCUGUUAUUGGACGUGUUUCCUGCCCUUCACCAAUAUUUUGCUUAGGAUCAACCCAGCCGACACAAAAUGCCAGUGAGCAAACCUUCAGCUUCUCCAGAGCUCUGCAUCGGUUUCGGUAAUUCCAGGAGUGGGGUAGUGAAUAACUACAAAAAUGAGGCUGGAUACUUAUGGAGCCAACAUCCAACCUAAUUGCCUCCCCCCCCCCCCCUUACUUCUCCAAGUUCUGCUUUGUGCAACAACUGGCCUGAUGAAGAAAUCUGGUGGGCUAAAACCUUGCUCACUCUUUUGUGACAUUUUGGUUGAUUCUAAUAUAAGUAUUGUCUAUUGGUGGAUUCUGGAUUCCUUACCCUGUGGAAUGUCCUCCCAUCAGAUGUCAAAGAGAUAAACAACUACCUGACAUUUAGAAGACAUCUGAAGGCAGCCCUGUUCAGGGAAGUUUUUAAUGUGUGACAUUUUAAUGUAUUUUUAAUCUUUGUUGGAAGCUGCCCAGAGUGGCUGGGGAAACCCAGCCAGAUGGGUGGGGUACAAAUAAUAAAUUAUUAUUAUAAGGCAGCCCUGCCCUAGUUGGACUUGCUCCUGGCUAAGUAGGUGGAAGACUGCAGCCUUAUUUUUUGUUGUUGUUUAAUAGAUGUACAUUCUUUACUUUAGUGCAUAUAUUUUUCAGGGCGCCAGCACAGGGCACAGUCAUGGAGGAGGAGUCCUUUAACUUCUGUUAGUUAAAUAGACAUAAUAAUGGUUAUGCAGAACCUGUAUGUUUGAGGAAGUCUACCACUGAAUACUUGUCACUGGGAGAUUAAAAGGUAAAGGUACCCCUGACCAUUAGGUACAGUCGUGGACGACUCUGGGGUUGCGCGCUUACCUUACUCUAUAAGCCGAGGGAGCCGGCGUUUGUCUGCAGACAGCUUCCGGGUCAUGUGGCCAGCAUGACUAAGCCGCUGCUGGCAAACCAGAGCAGCGCACAGAAACGCCGUUUACCUUCCCGCUGGAGUGGUACCUAUUUAUCUACUUGCACUUUGACAUGCUAGGUGGGCAGGAGCAGGGACCGAGCAAUGGGAGCUCACCCCGUCACAGGGAUUCGAACCGCCGACCUUCUGAUCGGCAAGCCCUAGGCUCUGUGGUUUAGACCACAGCGCCACCCGCGUCCCUUAACACUGGGAGAUUACAAUAGAGAAAAGGCUGUAUCCUUCAGACCUUGGUGGUGGUCUUUCAUGAAGCAUUUGCCUGGCUGGUAAAUGGAUGUUGGGCUAGAGACAUACACCUGGUCCAGUUCAGCGUGUCUGCUAUGUCUGGGUACAUGGAUUUUCUUACAGGUCCUGAGCAUGCCUUUUUUCUUACCUGGUGCCCACCUUUUUUUAUCUCCCGCAGUUUAGCUAAUUUCGGCUGUGAUCCUAAACACACACACUAAGGAGUAAAGACUGAAAAACAUGGGCUUUUACUUCCAAGAAACCAUGCAGAGUCAGUUAUUUAUAGGCCAGGAUCAGUAGUAACGUUUGACUUUGCAAUUCUGAGACAGUGUUUUCCUUCUCCUUUACACCCCCAAUGCCACCCUUCAAAAGUGGGGAGUAUUAAAAACACAAAAGAACAACAUAAAAAAACUCCACUGGGUAUGUCCAAUCAUGGGGGGCCUUUUGGGUCCCAGCCGUAAUAAAAUGUGAAUAUGCUCCCUUUCAUGCACAAAGUAAUCCAAGACUUGCUGCAUUAGUAAGAUGAUCCCUGCUUGGCUGUCAGAAUGCACUGUUUGCAACCGGAUAAUAACGAGUUUUUGGGGAUGAUUAUGAUGACGCAGGGAUAGAAUGGGCUCUCGUAUUUCACUGAGUUAGCCUCCUGGAAAAGCUGUUGGGAAAGGGGAAGGGGGAGGGGGGAGAGAAAAAGAAAGAAAGUUUGCGAGAUGCUGAUGACCUCACUGCUUCCAUUUGUCACAGCCUCUGGUGUCCGUUCCAUGCCGUGGCGUUCAACUUCAUUGUCGUGAUGCUCUUGGCCUGUCACACGCGGGCUGUCUUUGCCGACCCAGGUAAGCCACCUUCACCCCUUACCUGGGCCCUGUGUCAUCAGCUUCCAUGCUUUGCUCUCUCAGUGGAGGUUGGUAGGACAAAAGGCAGAGGGUCCUACAACAGCCAGAGCUAGAGCCAGCGACAGGCAGAGCCAGCUUAUUCUAGUUUUCUCCCAUCCUCCUCCUUCCUACUGAGUUCUUGAAGGGCAACAUUGAGACUAAAGAGGAGAUGGCUGACCGGCCGUAUUGGACUGCAAGUAAGCAGGUUGGUGGGAGCUGGCCAAGGACAAGGUGAGGCUGGUGGGGCCUUGAGGAUCAAUCCAUACCUGCUACCUUGCGGAACCAUCUUUGCGAAAGGAAAAGGCUGAGGAGUUGUUGUUUAGUCAUUUAGUCGUGUCCGACUCUUCGUGACCUCAUGGACCAGAGCACACCAGGCACUCCUGUCUUCCACUGCCUCCCGCAGUUUGGUCAAACUCAUGUUCGUAGCUUCGAGAACACUGUCCAACCAUCUCGUCCUCUGUCGUCCCCUUCUCCUUGUGCCCUCCAUCUUUCCCAACAUCAGGGUCGUUUCCAGGGAGUCUUCUCUUCUCAUGAGGUGGCCAAAGUACUUCAGCUUCACGAUCUGUCCUUCCAGUGAGCACUCAGGGCUGAUUUCCUUCAGAAUGGAGAGGUUUGCUCUUCUUGCAGUCCAUGGGACUCUCAAGAGUCUCCUCCAGCACCAUAAUUCAAAAGCAUCAAUUCUUCGGCGAUCAGCCUUCUUUAUGGUCAAGCUCUGACUUCCAUACAUCACUACUGGGAAAACCAUGGCUUUAACUAUUUGGACCUUUGUUGGCAAUGUGAUGUCUCUGCUUUUUACGAUGCUGUCUAGGUUUGUCAUUGCUUUUCUCCCAAGAAGCAGGCGUCUUUUAAUUUCGUGACUGCUGUCACCAUCUGCAGUGAUCAUGGAGCUCAAGAAAGGCUGAGGAGUAAAGCUACACAAAUCCAGAGUGGAGAUCUUAAUACUUUGCUUUGGACCACAUCAGCAAGGCCUGAGAGGGGGGUCUUGUUGUCUGGGCAUCCCAGCCUUCCCCCCGCCCCCCACUGCCCAGCCUCGUCCCAAUUGCCCUGGAUGGACCGGCCUCCACUGUGCACACUUUCUCUAACCAGUACACGGUGACCUUAUGGGACUUGCUGUCCCAAAAUGGGUUAAUAUUGGCCACAAGCUUAAAUGGCAUUUCAAAAAUGAUUUGAAGUACAAUCCUGUGUGCUUGGAAAUAAUGCCCCACUAUGGCUAAUAGGAAUUCUCUCACAAGUAUAUGUGCACUUUCAGCUUCAGACAAAGAAUACAGGGAGGAAAGAGAUUUAUUUAUUUUUAAAAAAAAAUUAAGCUGCCCUUUAUCCAAAAUCGGAUUUUGGAGCAGUAUGCAAAUAAAAAAAGAAAAUGAAAGCAGCCAAUGAUGCAAUAAGAUUAAGAGGAAUAAAAUCACCCAAAUAGCUAAGAACAAAAUCAUUUAAAAUACCUGUGCAAAUGGAAAGCCUGGUCUGAAAAGAAUGCAGUGUCUACAUGACAUACUUUCCUUGGGAAGGCAUUUCAUAAAGGGGCAACUUCUCAGAAGUGCAGGAAUGUCCUGUGGCUCAGGAGUCACUGUGCUUGUUUGCCUUUCCUAUUCUACAAUUCCAUAACAGGACCAGGGCCUCGAUCAAAGCACCAGCCAUGUCUGGAAAAUCCCCCUGAGCCUUCAGGAAUCCCCUGGAUUCCAUAAGUAUCUGGGGGAAGGCAGACCCUCCUAAUGAGGGAAUGUCAGUCACAGUCAAUCCAAAUCUCACUAGAGGCUGAUGCGUCCAUGUCAGCCUGGACACUCACCCUCCCCCCCAGGUUCAUUCCCAAUCCACUCUAGCAAAGACCAGAUUGAGAGUACGAUUUGCAAUAUACACUGGCUGCGUAAUGUUUUGAGACAUCCCAUGGUUGCCAUGGCAGCCAUGAAUUCCUGAGCUGGACCAGAUAAGGCGGGAGCAGCAUUGACAUUGAGGCUCCCCAGAAUUACUAUCUUUAUGGUUAAAGACCAUACCAGCUCAGACAAGGAGGUUGUUGGGCUUCAGGAAAUCUUUGUUUUGUCUCUGCAGCCCAGCAUCACUUCCCAGGUUUCAGAAUUUUAUGACUGCAACCCCACCCUGACCCUCCAGCCUGUGUUGCUGCUGUGCUGAGUACCCAGGCAGGCAAAGUGCACAGGCCGGCACCCUUGAAUGAGAACAUAGAACCUUACAUUUAGGUCCUUGGGGGUAGGCUGGAGGGAACAUCUCUUCACCUAAACAGCUGGGCAGCUUCCUGGUGACAGAGGACACGGAUGAAGGCUGCAGGGCAAGUACAGUGAUGGGAACUGUGUGAUCUCCUGGCCUCAGGUGUCAGCCGCAACGUGACACCAGCAGCGCCUCUGAUCUGAUACUGGGAACAAAGCAAGGGAUGGGCUUCCUCUUCCGAAUACCAGUUUCUGGAAGUCCCAGGAGAGGAGAGUAUCCUUUUGCUCAGGUCCUGCUACAGGCUUCCCAGUGGCAUCUGGUUGGCCACUGUGGAAACAGGGUGCUGGACUAGAUGGGGCACUUUUUUAUUGCGCCAUUUACGAGUUGGCUGGCCUCUGUGAAAGAGAGAAUGCUGGACUAGACGGACCCGUCUCUGAUUCAACAAGGCAUCCUUUUCGCCAUUAGGUGCCUUCUUCCCCAGCCUCUCCUUCCUAUUUCAGUACCUUUUGCAGAAUAAUAAACAACUGCUUGGUGUUCCCCACCCUUGCAAACAGAAGGGCUUUAGAGUCAUUCUUUUUGAAACCAUGAAAGUGGAGAUUCCUGGGUCUCUCUCUGUGUUAGGAGCUGUAUUCUAAUCCUCAGUGGGGCACACUUUAGGCCACACCUAUUGCCAGGCCACCCCACCCCCCCAUCUGUGAUGCUGCCUUUUCAGCAUAUCCAAGCAAAGCAGCUGCAGAAACUGGAGCUGCCCAGCUUUCCUUUGCCGGGUGUUGUUUUUCCGCAACUGCUUGCCCGGAUCCUGCUGAAGGUCGUUGCCUUGGCUUCCUUGGAGGUGUCAUCUUACCCUGGAAGAGGGCCCUCGGGCCUUUGGAUCUUUGCGAGUGUUUAUUAUGGGAUCAGCAAAAGCGAAGUCCUUGAUCAUCUUUUGCCAGUGGCAUUUGGGACAGAAAGCUGAAGUGGCAUAUUUGAAAUUAAUCAGCCUGCUCUGCACAUUUCAUCUUUUCUCUCUCUGUCUCUCCAAAUGCAAAAUCAAAAUAUUUAUUGAGCAAAUGUGCCUUUGUUGGCGUCACUGAGAGCUGGAACAUCUCGAUUGAGUAAUGUGCCUGCAUCAUUGUUAGAAGUUCAUUCUGUUCCCGUUUCUUGGAGUUUAUUUAGUUCAUGAUAUACUUUUGCAGGGUGGGAGGGAGAAGGAGAACAGCUCUGUUCUCUUGAUCCUUCCACGCACAUUCAGAUUUUUCUGUGCUUUGUUUGCUUAAAAAUAAAAGAAUUUCCUUGCUGGGUCAAAACUAAGAUCCAUCUAGUCCAUCACUCCAGUAGUGAGCAAUCAUUAACUCCAGGAGAAUUCAUAAGCAGAGCAUGAGGGAUAAAAGCCACUUUUGCCUGUUUGUCCCAAGCAUCAGAUGUUCAGAGGUAAACCUGGAGGUUCUAUUCCUAAAUAUGGCAGCUAUGAAAGGGAUAAAAAAGGAGCCAAUGAUUGAUGCAGACUUGGUCAACUGGCAGUGGAGAAGCACACACACAAAAAGCAUUUCUUUGGACAUUUAAAACAGCUUUUUGUUGCUGAGAUAAGAACUGCAAAAACUGAAAUGAGAAAGUUAACUGUUUUCUCUGCAGAAAAAAACGCCAUGCUGGAAGUAAUUAGUACGCCAGGGCUGGGAACCUGGACUCCAAUUCCCAUCAGCCCCAGCCAACAUGAUGGGAACUGGAGUCCAGCAACACCUGGAAGGCUGCAGGCUCCCCAGCCCUGCAGCACAACUCAGUGGGAUCCCCUUGAGGCCUGUUGGUGGGUAAAUGCGAUUAGUGCAUGCAUGUAUUUACACCCACUAAACAAAGCCGAAAGGAAUGGUAGAUAACAGGGGGAGGUUGGAGGAAGAGCAUAAGUAAAUGGGUGUGAAGUUAAUUUCUUCAUCAGUCUGUCUCCUGUCUGUCUGUUCUGAGCCUUUUUUUAAAAAAAACAUUCUUUCAUUACUUUUUAAUCUGUUCUUUUCCCCAAGGAGUUCAGGGUGGUCCCCCACACCUUGUAUCCGCACAGCAACAAUGUUAGCCUGAGGCCAUAUCCACACCUUGUACUUAAAACACUCUUAUACCACUUUAACAGUCACAACUCCCUAACAGCCGGUGUGUGGGGCAGCGCAGCAGCAGCAGCAGCAGCUUUCCUGUGCGGCCUCCUGCCGACACCAGAAUAUCAGUUCUUGUGAAUAUUUUUGGACACAGUAUUUUUGGUCUGGAUUGAAGAGAAAGCAGCAGAAAGGGCAUUUAAAAGGUGUUUAGAGGGUGCCCCCCCCUUUACAUGAUGUCACUUACGUGUGCGGGGGUCCGGAACCUAACCCCUGCAUAAGUGUGGGGGAUGCUGACACCACCGCUUCUACUGUCUCUGACAGUGAUGGGAGAACAUAGCCAUCAAGACUGGUAGCCACCAAUAGCCUUGUCCUUUAUGAAACAGCUCCCCACCAUAAAAAAAUCAAUUAGAUGCUCACACCCAGCCUUGCUUGUGGCUCUCUUUCAGGCAUGGUCCCGCUCCCAGAUACAGCCAUUGACUUCUCUGACUUGCGGAGUAGCGGCAGUGGCGGAUCGCACAAGAACAGUCGGGUGAGUUGUUGCAAGGAGUCUGUACCUGGGGAGGGGGGAAUGUGAAGCUGCCUUACUCGUAGGCCUAGGGGUGGGGAACCUGUGGCCCUCCAGGUGGGGGCUGGAUUCCCAACUCCCACCAGCCUUGACCAGCAUGACCAGGGUCAGGAAUGGCAGGAGUUAUGGACCAGCAAUGCUGUGUUCCAGCUGCACGCUCCUCACACCUGCCUUAGCCCAGUGAUUCGUCAAGCUCAACACCAUCUAGCUGCAACUAGUUACUUUAAUUCUCUGCAGCUACCUUGCAUUCUGACAAGCUGCCGGAGAGGUAUGUGCCUUGUCUGCUGUAAAUGCAAGGCAUGCAGACUGAGGCCUCAUCGGCACUGUGUUCAAAUCCUACCACUUUAAACUACCACGGCUUCCCUCAAGGAAUCCUGGGGAUUGUAGUUUGUUAAGGGAACUGAAAGUCCUUAGGGGGCUUCUAUUCUGCCCACAGAGCUACAGUUCCCAGAGUUCCUUGGGAAGAGAGAUUGACUGUUAAGCCACUCCAGGAAGGGUAGCUCUGCGAGGGGGAUAGGGGCCUUGUAACAACUCACAGCAUCCUUAACAAACCACAAAAUGGCGGCUCACAGACCCAGGGCAAGGUCUCCUGUAAUAUACGGAGCAGUUUACAGUGGAAAAACAACAUCAACAACAAAUAUAAAAUUACUGAAAUAACAUCUUCAAUAGAAUGGCACCAAGGAGCAACAGUAAUAGAUUCCACUGCUUCUCCUCUUGUGGUCUCCAACGGAGCAGAAUUUCUGGGACUCUGAGUCAGAUCACCCCUCCAUCCCACAGUCUUGCUUUACAUACGCAGCUCCCGUGUUUAUGCUUUAUAUAUACAACUCGCAGGAUUGCUUUCUAUAGACAAUUGCAAGCAGUGCAGGGAGGCUGUGGCUUGCUGACCUUUUAAAUUUCCCACAAUGCCCCAGGUGCAGCUUUUGCUCGGGGCAUGGUGUGAAAUUACAGGGGUACCUCGCAAGACGAAUGCCUCGCAAGACCAAAAACUUGCUAGACGAAAGGGUUUUGCGCUUUUUGAGCUGCUUCGCAAGACGAUUUUCCCUAUGGGCUUGCUUCGCAAGACGGAAACGUCUUGCAAGUUUGUUUCCUUUUUCUUAACACCGUUAAUACAGUUGCGACUUGACUUCGAGGAGCAACUCGUAGAACGCGGUGCGGUAGCCUUUUUUUGAGGUUUUUAAAGACUUUGGUGAUUUUUGAAGCUUUUCCAAAACUUUCCCGACACCGUGCUUCGCAAGACGAAAAGAAUCGCAAGACGACAAAACUCGCGGAACGAAUUAAUUUCGCCUUGCGAGGCACCACUGUAAAAGGGUGGCUGAGUCCAGCCUCCUGGUGCUUCUCGGAGCAGUGCUUUCAUGGCAGGGAAAGGCUGACAGAGCCCACCGAUGGAACCAGACCUGGAGUCAGCCCAGAGAGGGAACAGGCUUUUAGGCUAGAUGGAAUUGGGGCCUGAUUCAGCAGGGCUCUUCAUAGGUCCUUAUGACGUUCAGUCUGCAGCAGUCCAGUCCAGACAAAGGUUUACUCUCUCAGAACUUAGACCCCUUGUGUGCAGAUGAACUGUAGUCUGAGGGAGGCGGUGUUAAUUCCAUUUGAUGGUUUCUUGCAUUUGCACCCUGCACUUUAACCCGAAAGACUCUCUGAGCGGCUUACAAAAAUCAGCAUGAAGCUGGCCCCUGCCCUUGGGCUUCUGUCCAAAAAGGAUAUGUCAGGCAAGGAAAAAUGGAAUGGGAGGGAGGAGGUGAAAGCAAGCUCAAGCACCACCAGAAACAGAAGCAGAGCAGGUGACAAACACCUUUUGGUUCCUCUGCCAUCUUCUUCUUUGCCUCCCUAGAACAAUGAGGACUGGACAGUGUGUAACCGCUGUGAGACAUACCGGCCGCCCCGGGCGCACCACUGCCGCGUCUGCCACCGCUGCGUGCGCCGCAUGGACCACCACUGCCCUUGGUGAGGAUCCUGCCUUGAUCUGUAUGUGUCAGGAUUCGAUGGUUACUUUCGCUCCCCUUGCUUCCUCCCCAGAGAAGAGGGCUUCUCAUCUCAGUCAGUGUUAUGACGGAUCCAGUUGAAACAGCAUCAGCCUCCCCAACCCCAUCUCAUCUUUGGGAACCAGAAGAACCACCCUUUUUAAUUUUAGCUUGAGCUGUUGUCCCUAGGGUGUGUGUGUGUGGGGGAGGAGGAACGUGGUUCAGUUUGCAUAUGAAGGCAAACCUCCCCAAUUCCCAUUUUCUGAAAUGAUUUGUGAACCAAAGCACAACCAUCCUUCAAAAUUCACACUAUAUUAAAAAAAAAAACCAAUGAAAAAGAACUCUACGCUUCUCCAAAUUUUGCAUGCAGGUUAAUUACCUAUUUGUUAGAAAUAUACUUAUCUACCACUAUUCAAUAACAGCAACAACAGUAGAGUGGUUUAUGACAAUUGUCCAUGAAACCAUACGAUAAAAUCCAUAUAAAAAGUUAAAAUCAGAAAGUGGCUGGCUGUUGUGGAUAGAUGGAUUCUCAAUUGUCCACCUAAACUGAACGGAAUGGAAAAGUGUCCAGCAGGCAUUUAAAGUUCUCUUGCCUGUGCAAAAAUGAAUGCACUAAUGUGUGCAUGCAAAUAUACGUGUUAGUGAAAAUUACAUACAGAGCACAUUAUAUCAGUCAAUAUUGCUUUGCAGAAAUGACUGUAUUAGGGGGAAAUUGCAUAUACAAAUGUGUGUGGUAGGAGAAAUUCACAGAAAAAUGCUGAUGAAUUUCCAUGAGAAUUAUUAUUUUUUAAUUGCAAACUGAUGUGGAAAUGUAGAGAGCUGAACUGAAGAUUGGAGAAACUCGAGAGAAGCCAGAAUUGACAGCUUCAUCUCGUUCCUAGUUGUCCAGUUUUCUUUCUAACACGCACAAACGCUCUCUUGGUAGGAUCAACAACUGCGUGGGGGAACUGAACCAGAAAUACUUCAUCCAGUUUCUCUUCUAUACAGGUAUGUUGGGAACGUGCCACCAGGCCAUGGUUUGGGGGGGGGUCCCAGGGCAUUGUGGGUAGCAAUUUACCUCCCUGCUUAAUGCCCCACUGCCCCAUGGGCCCCUUCUUUGCCUCCCUAGAACAUAAAAAUGAGGGUUUAAGGUUGCGUUUGUUGGUUGAGCUCCCCUCGUUCCUAUCCGAAGAGUACUGUGGACUGAGGGAUUGCGCUGACUGAAGUUGAUCCAGCCCAGUUUAUUAGAUGUCCCUUCUGGUUAAUCUCUGAAAUCAAAGCAGCGAUCCCUGUCUUUCCCCACUAGGGGCUGCUCUUCUCCAAGGCACACAGUCUUCCUCUUCCUCCUCACUGUAAAACUUGGAAUUGUUCUCAGCUUCUGACAAGUUUCUUUGUCUCUUUGAGGGUUAAGAGUCCUUGUUUGCUUGUUUACCUGCUUAACUUUUAAUGUCCUUCGUUGCUCCCAACUCACCUGCCACCAACCGAGUGGUUCAUAGAAUCACAUAAUCAUAGAAGAGUUGGAAGGGUCAUCUAGGUUCAUUGCUUGCUUCAGCCACUCUGCUCGUUCUGCCUUCCUACCCCUUUGCUCCUUUGCCAGGCUGCCCCCUGCCAAUGCCUGACCUCCCCAUCUCGGUCUAGAGCUCCCUCCCAAGACAAAAUAACACUUUCCUCUCUUGACUUAUCAAAACCUAACAUUUUUUGUAGAGCAGGGGUGAGCAGCCUUGGACCAGAGCAACCUUGACCCUUGGCCUGAUGUCAGAAGCCCUCUUCAAAGGAUCAGUUCAGACCUCUGGCAAUAGCAGCCUGUUCCUCCCUGGUAGACUUCUGUCUGGGGAGGAAGAGCAUGGUGUUAAGAGAGGGUGGGGAGAGGGGCGUCAGGAGAAGGAGACAGGGGAGUCAGAGGGAGAGGACAUUUUUAACUUUUGAUGUUUCAUUGCGUUUUUAAUAAUUUGUUGGGAACCACCCAGAGUGGCUGGGGCAACCCAGUCAGAUGGGCGGCAUAGAAAGAAUAAAAAUGUUACAGUCAUACCUCGGGUUGAAGGAGCUUUGGGAUGAAUAUUUUUGGGUUGCGCUCCGCGACGACCCGGAAGUAAUGGAGCGCGUUACUUCCGGGUUUCACCGCAUGCGCAGAAACUCAAAAUGCCGUCACGCGCGGAAGCGGCGAAUCGCGGCAUGCGCAGACGCGGGUUCGCUUCAGGAUGCGAACAGGGCUCUGGAACGGAUCCUCUUCGCAUCCAGAGGUACCACUGUAUUAAGUUGGAGUGGUCCCACCCACCACCAGAAUGCAGCCCCUGACAGAUUGCUCCCAGGAGAAUGUGACUCCAGACCAAAAUAAAAUGAACCCCCACUCCCCACCCCUUCUGUAAAGGAUUUGGCUUAACCCCUCAUUCCUAUUCACUGUCUCCUUUAUCUUGCAAGCUAAAAGUUUGUUGAAAGUUGGUCUUCUAAGGCAUCUGGAAGUUGAGCAGAAAGCCUGUCUCCCCGCCCAAAAAACCCAUUCAAGCUUCAGCUCUGUCCUGAUCAUACUUCGGGAUUUAUGACAUGUAUCCCCAAGGAAAUGAUGAAAUGCACAAUGCCUGCGUUGAGAACCCUUUUUUCUUUUUGUGUUUCCUCUCCCUCUUGGCCUUUGCUGACCUGGUUCUCCCUGCCACAGGCUUGGCCAGCCUUUACGCCAUGGGGCUGGUCUUGACCACCUGGCUUUGGCCCACGGACAAGAGCUCAGCCGGGAAGGCUGAAGGAGCCGAAGGAGGCGUUUCCAACAAUCGCAUCCAAAUGUGAGUCCCACUUCCUUCCUCCUGCCACCAAGCUCAGGAUUCUCCCCACCCCACCCCACCCCCCGUUGCUGGGGCAGGGAGAGUUCUAGAGACCCUGUAGAUGCCUCAGUUUGGCCUUUUGCAAAAACAAAAAAAUUAAUAAGACGAACGAAAGAAAAGAAAUUGCCAUGUCACACAGUUCUUGCCAAGAACAGCUGGAGCUCCAGAGCUUUGGCUCAGUGCCAAGGGAAGGGGAAGAGGCUCCAUGCUGGCUUUUCUAUAAAUGAGCAGCACACUCUCCCUCCCCCUCCCCCUCUCUCUUUGGAAAAUGGGAGCAGCCGAGGGUAGGGCGUUGUCCCUUUGUCCAGCCCCCGCAGCCUCCUCGCCUGCUUCCUCCUGCUUAGGGUCUCUCUGUCCACAAUCGUGGGGGUGGGGGAAGGCUUCCCCCCCUCCCGUCGAGGGCCGCAUUCCCCUGCUGCCAAGGGCUAUUUAUUUAUUCCGUUUCACUUCUGAAUCGCUUCCUGCGAACGUGACCUCGAAGCGAUUUAAGCAGCGAAGGCAUCAGCGUUAGAAGAAUUUCAUGUGGAGAAGAAACGGAAAGAAUGGGUUAUACCCCGUUCGAGUUCUCCAGUUAAUUAGGCAUGCCUAACGUAGGCUCCAUCUGCACUCUGCAUUUAGAGCAGUAUCAUACCACUUUAAAUAGUCAUGCUUCCCCCCCCCCCAAAGAAUCCUGGGAACUCAUUUGUUACGGGUGCGGAGAUCUGUUUGGAGGCACCUCUCCACCCCCUCACAGAGCUACAAUUCCCAGAGUGGAUUAACAAGUAAUCCCUCUUCCUGUGGAACUCUGGGAAUUGUAGCUCUGUGAGGGGAAUAGUUGUUUGGAGGUGCCUGGUACACAUGUGAAGCACAGCUCAGCCCUAUUUUAAAAAAUAGUCCCGUGCGUUCUGCUGCCCCUCCGGAAACACAAGUUGGAGUAGUAGUGUUCCUAGUUAACAGACUGACUGUACUUUUCCCUUUCCUCCUCCUAGCGCUCACCGCAUCAUCUUGCUGGUGGAAUCCAUCCUCUUUGGCCUCUUUGUCACAGUCAUAUUUUAUGACCAGGUUGGUUUUUAAUCGUUUGGCAACCUUUUUAGUUUGUCAGCCAUUUAUUAAAAACAACAGCAACGCCCCCCCCCCAAUUAUUUUUUUUAAAAUUGUUCCAAAUCAAUAGAUUUUUAAAAAAUAGUUUAUUUAUAUGUCGCCUUUCCACACUGAGCUGGGCCCAGUGUGGCUACAACACUUAUUAGCAAAACGCAAAACUUUGUAGGGUGGGAGAGAAAGCUGUUGUCAAAAUGCAUCCAUAAAUUGAAGCAACUUUAAAGAAAGCAGCAAUUUAACAACAUUGGAAUGGAUUCAAUACUAGAAAUAAUCUAGACAUGAAUAUGCCAGCACAGAACAAUUUUUUAAUAUUUUAUUUUACAAGCAAUUAAGUUCCAGCUGCUGGCGCUGGGCUGAUUCCACUCCAAAGAGCCUCAGCAGCCUGACUAAGACACAGUUCAGAGAGGGAGGGGUCUUCUCACUAAGCGUACAGCUGGCUCCCUCAUUUCUCCUCUGGAGAAGAUUUAACAGCAGCAAAAGGGAGAUGCUGGGGAGGGCAAGAGUGGCAAGUCCUCUUCCCCAGCCUUCUUCCAGUUGCUGGUGCUGGUUUUCCUGCAGAGGACUAGAAGAGAAACUGUGUCCAUGGCACAGACACUAUCAGAUAUCAACAGCCGCAUGGAGCUGCCUUGUAAAGUGUCCAAUCAGUGGACUGCACAGCCCAGGGUGGCCCUUUUAAUUGGCAGUGGCUCUCUAUGGCCUUGGCAGGGGUUGUCGCUGUACGUUGGAACUGGGGAGGGUGGGGGCGACUUCUGCAUGCCAAGCAGUGUGCUGUACCAUUGAGCUGUGAGCACCACUGAGUAUAGGGUGCAGCUUUUUGCAGGUUGGGUCCUCUCUGCUGUGAUCGGCAGUGGUUUCCCAAGGUCUUGUUAGAUCUUACUGUGAAUCAUGCACAUCAGGCUUGCAUAUUUAUUGAGAUGUUUCCAUUGGUUUAUCGCUUGUGGCUAAAUUUUGUUACGUUUUGGUAACUGUUAGUGUGAAUUAUGUACGUUUUUUGAGGUUGCAAGUAGGGCUGGGCAAUAUCUGGAUUUCAGCAUUGUGAUAUAUCACCAGCUAAACGUCGCAAUAUAGUGAUACAUCACAAUGUCUGAAAUUAGGAUGGAGCUAUGUAGAGGCAUUGGCUGGCUUCACAAUUUUUCCUGCAUCAUGAUUUUUGCAUAGCAACCACACACACACACCGAGAUUUGCGAUAUAUUGCCAGGUCAAAAAUUAUGAGAGUCACAUAGGUGUAGCAUUUAUGUUUGUAUUUUUGUAUUGUCGGUAUUUGAGUUGGUGUAAUUGUGUGCAUUGUAAAUAAUAAUGUUUGUUUUUAAUUUUAAAAAAUACAUUAUGAAACCAUUAUCACGAUAUGGACUUCAAACUGGUUUUGGACGAUAUAUUGAUAUCUCAUCCAGUCCUAGUUGUAAGCCAUCUUGAACAAGGUUUAACUGUAGGAAGGCGGCAUACAAAUAGAGAGCACUGAAGCAUCACAGCUAUCACAGGGUGUUGUUCAGAGACUAGGGGGGACAGGUGGGCAAGGUUUCAGAUUUUGCCCAGCGCCUCCUGAGGUGCCAAGGAUAACCUUCCCCCAAAAAAGAUGCGCCGGUGGUGGUGCUAUUAGGGGAAAGGGAAUGUUAGUGUCGCAUGGAGCAAUAGACAGACACAAGUGCUUGUGUGUGUGUGUUUGUGUGUCUCAAAACAUAUCCUGCCCCCCCAACUGCCUAAUGUGCAUCACUUCUCCCAGCUGGUCUCCAUUAUCACGGACGAGACCCCAAUUGAGCAGCUGCGCAACCGGCUCCUGAAAGAGGCACGGCGGGAAGUCUCGCAUACGCGGAAGCCCAAGAUCGCCCUCCUGCGGGAAGUCUUUGGCCGAGGUAGGUCUGGGGUGGUGAUGACUGGCGUAUGUCCUUGCUGGUCCGUUAAAGCAGUGCCGGGAAGCCAGCAGCCCUCUAGAUUAGGCAGAGAGAACCUCCAGAUGUUGCUGUGCUACAAGUCCCAUCAUCCCCAGCCGGCAUGACCAGCGAUGCUGGGAGCUGUAAAUCAGCAACAUCUGGGGGACCUGUAUCCGGAAGAUGCUGAGCUCCAGCUCCCAUCGUUCUGUGCCAUCGACCAUGUUGGUUGGGGCUGAUGCGGGCCGGGGGUCCCUCCUCAGCCAGAGGGCGCUGGAUUCCCCAUCCCGGCAUUAGAGGCAAGCGUCCACGAUGAGCUGUGUGCAUCCAACCCUCCUUCCCUCUCUCACCACCUAGGUCUCGUCAUCUGCUGGUUCUUCCCGUGCAACUGCAGCUCUCCGUCAGCCAGCGGGCCCUCCUACAGCUACUUGCCCAACUACGACGUGUGACUUCCUGGACUGCUCUCUCUUCGUGCUCUCUUUCUAUUGGUGGAGGCAGAGGUUCCGUUCAGUUUCAUUGGCCACCUUCUGUGGAGGCAAUGGUGGCUGCAGUUUCCUAACGUUUUCCCCCUGGUGGGGAAACGGUUUCCUCGGGAGGGGAGUGUUUGUGUGUGUGUGUGUGUUUGUGUGUGUACUAUAAGUGUUGGUGCUCUUCAUCCCAGUGGGAACAGAGCACGCUCUCCCUUGAAGUGGAGCUCAGCAGGAGGUCCUCGUAUUUCGAACUCUUGGCUCAACCUGUGUAACACUCAGAAUUGGGGUGCUGCACACAGCAGAGAUCACUCUAAGAAGCGGCCCUUAAUGCGCCUUGGGCCCUGGUGUGAAGCAUGUGAAUUUGAGCCCCUUCCUUCCUUCCUUCCUUCCUGCCUGCCUCACCUUGCCUGUGAAGGCCGUAUUUAAGCCCUGCGUCCUUUACCAGGCUGCCCAAAGAGAUCAAGCUCUGGCCUAUCUAAUAAUAAUAAUAAUAAUAAUAAUGCGGGCAUUAGCCUCCUACUCUGGAGAGCUGUGACCUCUGCCCACUAGGGACCCCAGCCUUGCUUUUGCUCACCUGAUUUCAGCCCCGAGGGUGGCAGUGUUUGGUACAUGCUUCCACUUUCAACUUGCUCCAGCCUCUGAUGCUCUGCUGUGGACUGAAAGCAUGUCGGAGGCUGAUGGUGAACAGCUGUCCCAGAGGAGGGAGUACCUUGUAUUAGCAUCCCCUUGGGGUUUCCUUUUUCAGAGGGCGGAGGCUGGCUGCCCUCCAGUGGAUUUGACCACGGAUAGCUCAGGUGGGUGUGAAGAGCACGCAGCCGCACCUCCCCACGCUACACCAGCCUCAUCCAGGAUUUCUGCUUAUCCUUCUGGUUUGCUGUGAGCGUUGUGUGUAUGUUGCCUUUCAGCACAUUCCCAGCAGUUCCUUGAGCUUUCUUGAAACAUAAGAGUCGGAACAUCAUGCUUUGUGGUGCGCAGGGACUUGCUGCAUCCUCCGCUUGGGGAGGUGUUCAGGAGGUUUCUGUCAUUUUUGUGUCUAAUCGCUGGGGGGAUUCCUUGUUUCCUUUGCUGGAUUGGCCCCCACCCCAAGGUUCCCCAGAGGCCUUGAAAUUAAGAGGCUGGGUUUCCAGCAUCAUUUGAGCUGCUCAAUAACUGGAGAAAAGGGAGGCCCAGGGCUUUUUUUCAGCCAGAGCACACCGGAGCGCGGUUCCAGCACCUCUCAGGUGGGUGACAUUGCAGGCCAGCACCCUCCCACCUGCUUCUUGCCUUUACGUACUUCCGAGAGGCCCAAAAUGAACAUUUCAAGUCCAAAGCGAAGCUGGCCAGUGUGUGAGUCUACUUUUUUUUAGAUCUAGCCACAGUUGGUCAAGCUAUGGGGUAGGGCAAAUUAGUAUUUCCAUUUCUUCAAUCCAAUUCCCGUAUAGCGGCAGUGGGCUUUAAGCUUUCCAGCUAGGCCUCUACUGUUGCCCGUGGGCAUGUUUGCACGAGGGCCCUUCCAAGCUGCCCUAGCCAUCUGCCUGAAUCUAAAAGAAUGGGGCGGGGGGUGGGGCACAUUUAUUUGACCUGCACCAGAACCAGGGGCGACCCCCAAACCAAACAGCUUGCCGUAGUUUUUAUCACCUCCAUGGCUGGUGAACACUGCUGUUGUCAAACAGGCAUCUGUCUAUUCAAGGCUGCCCCGAGUCACCUGGCGACUUACUGUAGCAACUUCAUGGUGAGUUCUGGCACCUAUUUUUCUUGGGGGGGGGGGAGCACCAGAGAAGCCCUUUUUAGUAGAGGGCAGAUUGUCCUGCCCCUAGUACUUCAGCAGAGGGUGGCGGCCCCCUCUGAAAUAAUUACUCCCUGAAACUCAUCUUAAAAUGGUGGCUGGUAUCCAUUAGAGUUUGUAGGGCAGAAUCUGGGAGCCCUGCAGGAGGCGGAGCCAGAGGCAAUGACAGGCAGAGCUGCAAGCAAUGAGUGGCGGAGCCAAUGGAGUCUAGUUUUGUCCCCAUCCUUCUCCCGAGACUGAGGAGGAGGAGGGUGACAGGCAGGGCCCCCCCUUGGACCGGCUGUAAGUAAGAAGGCAAGCAGGCUGGGGAUGGCUGAGAGCGGACUAAGGGUUGUGGGGCAGUGCCCCAUUCCCCUGAGUGGAACAGCCUCCACUGCCUUUCAAAGCACACGAAGUGUGUCGCAUUUGAUACCCAUUGUGUCAUGUGUUUCCCCCACACCCCCGACUUGCUAAUCCUACACUGCUGCCCUUGGGUUGGGUGGUACUUAUCUAUUUAUUAUGUCGCCUUAUAGCCCAGGCUUCGAUUCUACUUCUCAAGGCGGCUAAAAAUAUAUCAUGUUAUAAUAGAAUAUUAUUUUAAGUAUGCUAAACGGGUAAAGCAACUAAGCAGCAGGAUUGCAACCAAAAGCAGAGAGGAAGGCCUCUUCUAACACAAUGCCCUGUGUGUGUGUAUUGUCUGAAAACAAAGCAUGCCUUCUGUUUCAGAAGUGUUUUUACCCAUGUGCAAGUUUAAAUGGCAAACUAAAUCUAGCCAGGCUCAUACAACGUACAGUAAUUGGUUUAAAUAAAUAAAUAAAUCAGGUUGCAGCCUUACUUUCAGCAGAGUGCUACAACCUGGGGAGUCAGUGUGAGACAUCCUCCCCCAGAUGUUGCUGGUUUUCAUAUCCUAUCCACUCCAACCACCAUGGUUCGUGGUCAAGGGAUAAUGGGGGUAGUAGUCCAGCCACAUCCCUAUACUGCAGCAUUCUCAAUCCCCCACUCCUUUCUACAUGCUGUGUUAAUUCCCUGUGCUCUGGUCUGUGCUAGAAUGAGGCUUUUUUCUACCACUAUCUCCUUGAUGCCUGACCCUGCUAUCCAUCCAACUUUUUAAAAAAGCGGGGUGGUUUUCGCUCAGACUUGGCAAACAAGUUCUGAGCUGCGAACCUAACUGCGGCACGAUUGGGGUGUGUGUGUGUGGUGAGGAGGGGAAGAAUGUCUCUGGGAUUUAAUUGGGAUAAUUUCCUACCCUCUAAUGAAAGUCUAGACAGCCCCAGAUGCAAGUGUCAGGAACUGGAGGGUGAGCGAUUGAUUGCCCCCGGUGCCCUGCGGACAAAGCAGCUCUGGCUGUGGAUUAAGUCUUAAGUGUUCUGCCGCUUUAUUUAUUUUCUCAGGAUGUGUUUGCACUGAUGCUUCGUUUAAUAACAGGAUGCCACUUGUUCUCUUUGAACCAAAUGUGAUGCCCGCCCAUCUCAAAGAUGAGCAGCUUCUUUUGCAAACCCCACAGACGAUCGGUCUUGACAUCUUCACGCUCGAGAGGGUGCCAAGGAGCAAGGAAUCCGGCAACUGGAGCACAUUUUGCUGCCACUUCUUUUUUUAAAAGCAAGGUUCCGGUCCUCAUUGCUGCAGAGAAUAGCCAAAUUUCUGACUUAAAAGAAAGAGAGAAAGAAAAUAUCUCUCACUCGGGAAUCCAAUGCUCUGAAGGAGAGUCUCCUUAUUUCUUUGCACAGUUAUCGGGCUCCCAAAGUUAAGACUCUGCUAACCCUACUCUCAGAAUAGACUCAUUGGAAUUAAUGAACACAACUGACUUAGAUCUAUUAAUUUCAGUGGGUCUGUCUUGAGUAAAAUUUAGUCAGUCUGUUCUUAGCAGGGGCACAGGAGGCAGAGUUGUGGCACUACUGCACACUGGGGCAAGGCAGCAGCGGGCUUUGCCACCAUCCCAGCAAGGACAGUGCCGCUGCCAGGAGAUCACUGCUGCUGCUCUUCUGCCCCCUUUGCAUGCCUUUGCUGCUUGCCCCACUUUUGAUCAUCUGCCCUAGUAUUGCGAUUUGUGUUUUGCAGCUUUAAUCUUCCAGUCUCUCCACCACCCACUGCCCAGAUCAAAACCUGUGCAAUGACUCCCUCCAAAAAAGAGAUACUGCCGUUCCUAACAUUCCUGCAUUGCAGGGGGUCGGGCUAGAUAACCCUCAAGGUCCCUUCCAACUCUUAAGAUUCUGGGAGUCUAAAUUAUUGUAAGUCAUUUCAUUCUAGUUACAUCAUUUCAUUCCAGUCGCACAGUUUGGGAGCUUCUGUUUUGUUAGUGCAAAACUCCAGACUCUCAUCGCUGAGCCCUCUUCUGCUGGGUGGCACAGAGGAAAAGCUGCCUCCAGUUGCCUGUAUAAGAUCCAGGCUUUUGCAUCCCUUUGGUUUUUUUCUGCUGGGCCUAGUCUUCAACCAGCCACCCAACACCCGGAACUUCUGAUGGAUGACAGGUGUGAGACUUUGGCAGGCAAAGCCCUCCCUGUCUUCCCCCUGCUGUCUAGAAACGUGUUGUUGUUUUUCCUAAAAGAGCAUGUAUCUUCAGGAUAUAGAAUCCUUUGCUUGUGUCUUGCAGUGGUGUUGGAAUCUUAACACAGCUCUCGUGGCCCCGGUCUCUUAACCACGCACAGCUUGAACGGCAUCUUAUAUGGAGGCCAAGCACAACUGGGAGACGGACAGAAAGUAGACUGGGAUCAGUGGGUAGCUCUCUGGGUGACUUUGAUUUGGCAAGGGCUUCAGAUUCCUGACUGUUUAACAAUGGCAACAACCGAGAAGUCUCUUCUCCCUUCUCAAAUUAAGCUGCUGAAACAAAGAAAGAAGGGGAGACUAGGAGUGGAUUGGGGGGAGGGAUGCUGUGAGCUCAGUCUUGAUGUAAAAAACAGAGUCCCGGGAGCAGCGUGUGCCCUGUUCCUGAAAUCCCCGCCGCCCCAUCUGUAGAGGAGCAGUUAGCUUUCUUAAGAAGUCCUCUUAGCUCUCUCAGUUGUGAAUGUGAACAUUGCACUCAGGUCCUGUUUGCAGGCUUCCCCUCGAGGUGUCUGGCUGGCCACUGUAAGAGCAGGCCGCUGGCAAGGAGACCUUUGAUUUGAUCCAGCGGCCUGUCUCUUCUUAUUUUGCUGUGGCAGUGGGGAUGCAAACAUGCCUUUAAACAUAAUAAUGCAGCAGCAGAUUGGUGGAGCUGCAACAACAAAGGUCUCUCUGUAGGAAAGGGGAGGUGGACCGACCUUGCCCUAGUCGCUGACGCCACAGACUUGCUCAUCCAUGCACGCUCAGCAGCCAUAGCUCCCCAGCGCUCGCUGGCAUGUAUGAAUGAGCCGUCGCAGGUCUAACUCGACAACUGGAGGGUCCAUAACACCUCCAGUGCACUGUUAGCUAGCUGGAGUCCAGCUGCCUGUUGAGUAUGCAGUCAUUUAAGGGCUGAUCCACAGAAAUUUGUGCUUGAGGAGAGGGGGGCUGGCCACAGACAGGGGCCGUUGCCACACUCCAAAAAUGUGUGUUUUGGGGUUGGGGGCCCAAAGGGGCUGCUGCUAUGAAGCCUGACCCUGUUGCAGCCUAGCAGUAUUAUAACAUAACGGGUCAUCUCUGUAUGUAUUUGCUCUUUGUAUUUACUGCAAUGAUUUUUUAUAUAUAAAAACAUUCCCCCCCUCCUC